AUGAGUAAGUCAUCAGAAGGGUCAAAAGAACCUGCAGAGAAAAAAGUAAGUUCAAGGAAAAGUGUUAUUGAAAGAAAAAGUUUAAGUAUUCUGAAUGAAAAUAGAAGAGCAGUUGGGUAUCUGUCUUUAUUAAAUAGUAUGGGAUAUACUAUUAUACUGAAAAGACCAAAGAAAGUAAAAGUAAAAUCAUUAUUACCAUUUCUUCAUAUUCAGAAAAUACUUGCACCAAAUGGUGAAAUAAUUUUUUCAUUUGAAGAUGUAAAGAGUAUCGCUUAUAAAUUAAAAGUUGGUGAUGGUAAAACUGACCAAGAACGUAGAAUCACUCAAUACAUAAAAAAUGUUGAAGUAAAUCAAAUGAUUGAAACAAUAAUACACUCUAACCUUGUUUUUAAUUGUGAAGAAGGGGCAGUAAAGCCUUGUUCAAUUAAUUCAGAAAUACCUUCCCAACGAAGACUAGAAUCUUGUGUUAUUUUUGAUGGGACAGAUUAUAGAUUUUUAGGUUUCAAAGAAGAACAAACAGUACUUUAUCUUGACUCACUUCAUAAAAAAUUAUUUGAACAAGCAUCAUCAAAUGACUUUGAUGUUCUUCCUUACACUCUAACUCUUAGACCAACAAUGCAAUUAAUGAAAACUGUUAUUUCGCAAACUACAUCAAAUAAAGAUCUUGAAAAGAUUUCAAGAACAAUAGAUCAAUCUCUCCAAAAUCCUUCUCAUUCAAAAUGGUUUAGUUUAUACAAUGAUCCAACUGAGUUUAUAGACCCAAAUCUAAGUGAAACUACAGACAAUUAA